GAAUUUCUCGUUUUAAUCAUAAGUGUCAAACAAUAUUUUUUAUAACGACUCCAUUUAAAAUUCAAUUGAGAAUUUUAAUUACAAAAAAAAAAAUUUCCUAAAAAAUUCAAAAUUUUACAAGGGAACAUUUAAUGUAUUUGUGCAACAAUUUAUGUUUUUUUUUUAAAUUCAGUGUCUCAUUUUUUAAUUUAUUGAUGAAUUCCAUUUAGAUAAAAAUUUAGUGAUAUAAAUUUUUGAAAUUAAUAGUCAAUACAAAGUAUUUUUUUUUAGUUUACUUUUUAUUUACAUGCGCGCGUGUAUAUAAACAAAGAGAUAAGAGGAUACUUAGAAAUUAUCUCUGUCUCGUGAACGACAGUCGCUCCCUGAUUUCUAUAGCAAAUUAUUUAUCAGUACAGUAAAAUUAUGGAGAAACAGCUGAUUUUUCAUGAAUAGUUCUAUAGUUUCGUCCAUUAUAAGAGAAAGGUCUAGUGAACUCGCGCCACACGACGUUCAAAAAUCGAACUUUAAAUGCAGGAGUAAACUUUUUCUAAAACAUCACAAAAGUUUAUAUAAAUUUUCAAAAACGUUUACAAAAAAUACCAACCUACUCAAGUUUUAGUUUUCAAUUCAGUGAAUUCAAAAAUAAUUUAAAAUUUUGAAUUUUUAAAUCCGUAUUUUUUGAACUUUGUUUGUUUACACGGUAGAGGUCGGCCCCUCACACAGAAACACUGCACGGAUGCAAUUAAAUACAUAAAUAUAUUGCAUUGAUUGUAAUUAAAUGAAAAUACAUUAAUACAAUUAUAUGUAAAUAUAUAAAUCCAAUCGGAUAUAAAUAUAUUUAUAAAACUAAUAAAAUAAUAAUAAAAUCAGUGCAAUAAAAUAAAAAGUGCAAUUGACGUCUGUGUAAAUGGUCUCCGAGUAAUUUUGAUAUGUGUCAUACUUUAUAUUGUUUCUAUAUGACAGCGACUGGCCCCAUAGUAAUCGAUAUAUUUAUAAAAUUAAUAUAAAUAAUUCUAAUAUAUAAAUUGUGUUCUUUUUUUUUUAAAUUUGUGCGCCAAAAUGGGAAUUCGACGUGAAAAAUUAAAAUUGGUGGAUUACGAUAAUGAAAAUUAAAAAUGUAUGACGAAUUGACUGAUAAUUUUAUAAUUUUACUGUGAUAAAUAAUAAUAAAAUAUAUUUAAUGAUAUAACUGUAUAAUUAAUUAUAUUAUUUAUUUAAAAGUGUAGUGAAGUGAAAUAUAACGAUAUUCAAAAAUGAAAGUUAAUAUAAUGAUAAAUAAAGCCUUCCAGGUGAUAAUUUACUUGAUAUUAUUCAUACCAUGGAUUGAAAGUAUCCGUCAUCUUAAUGAAUACAUCCGUCAUUACGAGCCGCUGUCAUAUUCCACGGAAAAAAUUCACCAAAGUCAUCUGCGUGCCAAAAGAUCUGUCACCCAGAACAAUGUCAUCAGCAUUAAGUUCAAUGCUCACAGCAGAAAUUUUCAUAUUCGUCUCAAGAGAGACCUGAGUACAUUCAGUGACAACCUCGUGAUCGAGGGCCCCUCCGGGGAAAUCGAAGAUAUUGAUUCGUCACACAUCUACGAAGGACAUCUUGUAGGGGAGUCAAACAGUUACGUCUUUGGUAGCAUCAGUGAUGGGGUUUUUCAUGGUAAAAUCGUUUCAUCAAAUUCGGGUGCCUGGUUUGUUGAAAGAGCUCACUAUUAUUUCCCUCAUCAUGCUAUUAAUGAAUCGUUACAUUCAGUUAUAUACCACGAGAACGAUGUCGUCGACCCGUAUGCGAACAUAAGAAAGGGAGAUUCCAGGGGCUGUGGUAUCACUGAAGAAAUCGCUGAGUGGAUGUCGAAAGUACAGAAUUCGGCAGAAACUGUAUUUCCGUAUCAGUCAUCAGCUUCGGUGCCGCACAAAAACUUUACGAAAAAUACCAACGGCAAUAUUGGAUCCAGUGAAAAAUGGGAGAGCCCGAGUCACAAAUACACCAAGGAAGCGAACAUUUUAAACCAUCGUCGAAGCACGCGAGCAACUCGACCUAAAGAAGAAAACAGAAACACGUGUUCUCUCUUUAUUCAAACAGAUCCAUUUAUUUGGCGGCAUAUUUCCGAACAUCUACAACGCGACGCUGAGAAAACACGAGAAGAAAUCCUGUCUCUGAUAGCUCACCAUGUCACUGCCGUUAAUUAUAUCUACAGGGACACUAGAUUUGAUGGUAAAAGUGAACACCGGAACAUCAAAUUUGAGGUACAAAGAAUAAAGAUUGAUAACGAUACCGCAUGUUCACAUCCGCUUGAGUCAAAGCCCAACGUAUUUUGUAUGGAAAAUAUUGAUGUCAGUAAUUUUUUGAACCAACAUUCCCUGGGCAAUCAUGAAGACUUUUGUCUCGCAUACGUUUUUACUUACCGAGAUUUUACUGGCGGUACACUCGGACUGGCCUGGGUGGCAUCCGCAUCUGGUGCAUCUGGAGGAAUAUGCGAAAAAUAUAAAACUUAUACUGAAACCAUUGAAGGGAUGUACCAGUCUACCAAAAGGUCAUUGAAUACCGGAAUCAUAACUUUCGUUAAUUAUAACAGUCGGGUUCCGCCAAAAGUAUCCCAACUAACUCUGGCUCAUGAAAUCGGGCACAACUUUGGGUCACCGCACGACUUUCCUCCAGAAUGUAGACCUGGAGGCCUGCAUGGAAACUACAUAAUGUUUGCCUCAGCUACCAGCGGCGAUCGCCCAAAUAAUAGCAAAUUUUCAAAGUGCAGUAUCGGAAACAUCAGUAACGUUCUCGAUGCUAUGGAAAGCAAUCAGAAGCGCAACUGUUUCACUGCAUCCGCAGGUGCGUUCUGUGGAAAUAAAAUAGUCGAAGCAGGUGAAGAAUGCGACUGCGGUUAUGAUUACGUCGAGUGUACGGACAAAUGUUGUUACCCUCGUCAGGUAUCUGAUUACGAUAAGAGUCAAAAUGAGACCGCGAAAGGAUGCAGCCGAAGAGUUGGGACCCAGUGCAGUCCGAGUCAGGGUCCUUGUUGCUCAAGCGAAACUUGUCAAUUCAUUCCGUUGUCUGCUAGAAUGGAAUGCAAAGUGGAAUCAGAGUGUAGUUACAAUUCUACAUGCAAUGGUAUGACAUCAGAGUGCCCUCCGUCUUUACCUCGAGCUAACAAGACGCGAUGCAAUGAAGGGACACAGCUCUGCAUAAAUGGCGAAUGCACUGGGUCAAUUUGUCUCAUAUGGAAUCUAACUGAGUGCUUUUUGACCAGUAAUAUUAUUCCUAAUAUUGAUAAAAGAAAACUAUGUGAACUAGCCUGCCAAAAUGGAACGGACUUGUCGACUUGCCAAAGCACAAGUGAAUUCGCACAGAAUGUUGGGUUACCAGAAGGCGGCAUAAGCCUUCGUCCAGGCUCUCCCUGUGAUAAUUUUCAAGGCUACUGUGAUGUGUUCCUUAAAUGCCGUGCUGUUGAUGCUGAAGGUCCGUUGGCUCGGUUGAAAAACCUUCUUUUUAACAAAGAGACGCUUUUGACUGUAGCCCAGUGGGUAACGGAGUACUGGUGGGCAGUUUUAUUAAUGGGAAUAGCUUUCAUUAUUUUUAUGGGGCUUUUUAUAAAAUGUUGCGCCGUACAUACGCCAUCUAGUAACCCAAAAAAACCACCUGCUCAGCGGAUAAGUGAUACGUUGAGAAGACCAAUGAAUACUUUUAGAAGAAUGCGAUAUCCAAAUAACACUGCAGUAUCAAGGCAUAUCCCGAGCUCUGAUGCCACCAGGAAUAAUGUUCGUUCUUCCUCUUAUGCCACCGGUGAAGAUCGGAGGGGGGCAAUAUUAUCCUAAAAGCUCAUGAGUUCUAAGCUGUCAUAUACCUGAAGAUCAGAAGGUUUUUCGCGGAACGAAAUGAAAAGUAAAGGAUCUACUGGAUCUAGAUUUUUGGUGUUCCGCUGGUCAGCCGAAAAUUGCAGGCUUCCCCAAACUAUUCCUUAUAGAGGGAAAGGGGUCUGAGAUACAGAAAAAGAGGAUAUUUUUAGAGUAUGUUCUUUAUUAAAAUUCGGAAAAUUUGUGACAUUAUUAAGCAUCAUUUCAAGAAUAUUCUGCUAAAUUUUCAUGAAAAAAUAUUGAAAAAUAAACGAGUGGUAGUGGGGAGAGACGAGUCACCUCAAAAUAAAGUCUCCAUGUAGGCAGGAUAACUCAUGACUGCCUCAUCUGAAAUCAAAGAACCAAAAAGAUUUUUUUAGUACAUAAGUAUAUCUUAGAUUUGAACGAAGGAUUUUUUUUUUCAAUAA